CGAACGACCCAUCACUAUUGGCUAGAAAUACUCUUCAAAGGGCAAGGAACGCAACGCAACAUAUAUUUCUGAAGGAACUUUACAUCGACAAAUACUAUAAUAAGGAUAUAGCUGAAGAAAAUAAUUAGCAAGAUGUAUAGACCUAAUUUGAUGUUUCUUGUUUUAUAUUUUUCACUAGAAUGUAUUUGCCGGAGCCAAAGCGACAUCUACUCCCUYAYRUACAUCUACACUGCCCUGUCAAAGCCACUAGAAUUGCCUGGUAUCCAUGAGUUCACUGCCAUGGGUCUGAUGAACAACAGACAGAUUGAUUACUAUGACAGUGUGUCAAAGAAGAAGAUUCCCAAACAGGAGUGGAUGAGGGAGAAGCUGCCAGCAGACUACUGGGAAAAAGGCACUCAGUCACGCAAGAGCAAGGAGCAGUGGUUCAAAGUCAACGUCAACAUCCUGAUGGAUCGCAUGAGGCACAACAACACUGAUGUCCAUAUUCUUCAGUGGAAACAUGGCUGUGAGAUUGAACAGCAGAUUGACGGCACAUUGAAUUUCAUAAAGGGCACCGACCAAUACAGCUAUGAUGGUGACGACUUCCUGGCCUUUGAUGAUGCCACUAUGCAGUGGGUGGCCCCAGUUGAUCAAGCUCUGCCGACUAAGCGGAAGUGGGACGGGGUGCAGAUCCUCAACCAGUACACCAAGGGAUACCUGGAGAAGGAGUGUGUGGACUGGCUUUCCAAAUUCAUGGAAUAUGGGAAGAAGCAUUUGAGAAUGGAUGAUUCCCCUCCAAAGGUCUAUGRAUUUGCUAAAAAGGCCAAAACUGCAGGACAUGUCAGACUGACCUGCAUGGCCACAGGUUUCUAUCCCAAAGARGUAGAAAUGCAUAUUAWGAAGAAUGGUGUUCCAUUYACCAAACAUGAUGGAGUGCAGUCUACAGYAGRCCUACCCAAUGAUGAUGACASCUACCAGAUCAGGAUGAGUGUGCAGAUCCCAGAGGCAGAUAAGGAAACUUAUGAAUGCUCUGUCAGCCAUAGAGCAUUGAAGGAACCAAUUGUGGUAAAAUGGGAUGGGAAAUGCUGUGAUUGUACCCAAGUAACAGGUGUUAUCAUUGGUGCUGUUGUUGCGGUGGUCCUCCUGCUCACCGGGGUUAGCUCACUGUUGGUUCUUUGGAAGAGAGGCAAAAUAUUUSCUGGUAAAAAAGGAGCUCUACCACCUACUGGGAUCCAGGCACCUCUAAAUGGCAAUGGAAAUGGAGCAGCUGUUUUGAACAUGCCUGUGAAAAAGGAUGACGCUAGCAGCACUUCCUCUGACUCUGGUCAAGGCAGCAACGAACGUCUUGAGAGGGAGGCAAUGCUGGCUAAUGGAGACAUUGAGGAGUGACUGACAACGCAUCUAAAUCUAGCAAACAACAUGUGAUUCUGUUUGUCAACAAAUACUGUCAAUCUGGAUGUGUACAUUCCCAAGAAUUGACCGUUUUGAUCGGCUUGGAUUUGAAUACUUAUUAAUGAACGUUUUGAUCUUUCGAAUAUCAUAAUAGAAUUCCUUUUCAAAUUGAUUUGUAAAUCGCCUAUAUUUUGGCCAUUUAAAUGUAUUGGUAUUGGAACCUUAUUCUAUUUCUAUUGUAGAUUGUUUAUUUUAAACUAGAAACCAAUCAUUUAAAUCGUUGCYCACACAUAAACACACAUGCACUGAACUGCUUUUUAAAUAUGUUUUGUUUGAAUUUUUCGGGGAAAGUAUAAAGUACUGCUUUAAUAAAAGACUCCUUUAUGAACCAA